AUGGUGAAAAUCAUGGUAACAGUGCUGCCAGUUGUCAAUAUUUGCCACCCUGUGUGCCAACUUUUUGAAGGGGACAAGCAGUCUACAGUACCAGGCCCUUCCAUCAAGCAAGCACCCAAGUAUGCUGCUGACAAGGCUAGUGAGCUCACAAACACUGCAUCAAAGGAAGUUAGAAAGGAAGUUGCCAAAGAGGAAAAUGCCAGCAUGGGUACAAGGGCAACAGCUUCCAAAGUAGAUUUUGCAUAG